AUGCGACGUCGAAUCCUGCGCAAUGACAUGGCAAACUUCGUAAGACAAUCAAUUGUUAUGGUGUCCCUUUCGUUCGUCGUGAUUAAGCUCAUACUGACUGUCGUCAGAAGAAAGGAACUAAGGGCUAUCUUCGAUGGAAUAGACGAAGAUUAUGAGAAGUUUAACAGUUUACCAGAAGAAUUACAUCCAAUAAUUAUGGAAACAAUAAACAAGACUAAAACUCUUGAAAAGAUAUGGAUUAUUGUGGUCACUGUCACUGCAUCUUCGUACCCUGUACUAGCUGGUGCCUGGACGAUUUAUUCUCAAUUUUUUUCAGAUAAUCCAAGAAGAUUCAUGAUUCAUGAAACUGCGGCUGCUGAAGUGGCAAAUAUAGCUUACAGCUGUUCCUGGGAAUCUGUCCAAGACAUGGAUAUACGGAAAUCAAUCUGCAUGAUUAUAACUAAAGCUCAGAUACCAAUUCACCUGAGGGCUUUAGAUAUGCUCACUUUUAAUAUGGAGAUGUUUGUAUCGAUUUUGCAAACUGCCUACUCAAUGUACACUCUACUGAGAUCA